AUGAGCUCAGCAAGAUCAGGUUCAGAGGUACGAUUCACUACAUCGGAAGCCCUCAUAGCUGCUCUGGGACCCAUGGGGCCCCAGUAUGUAGACCUGCAGCAAAGCAUUGACAAGGUGAAUCUGUCCUAUGUCAGGAAUCCAAUGCUCCUCGUUCAGAACAGAAAGGAGGCCAUCAGAGAAGCCAGGCAGGCCGAGAGAGAGGCAAAGAUUGCCCGGAAGGAACCAAUCCAUCGAAUAACUUUGAAAGGCUUGCUUAUUCAAUAUCUACGGCAUGUGGAUCCCAUACUCGAGUAUCAAGCUCGUCUCAAGAAUUCGAAUUCCGCAUGUAAAGGAUUGGACGACGCAUUGCUGGAGCUCUUCAACGAGGAUAACACCAGAUUUCUUGGUCGUAGAGGGUGGGAUGUAACCGACUUAAUGAAUUGGACCUGGGUUUUGACCUCGGAGACGACCGAACGUGCAGCAACUCGACUGUUGGCGAUUGCGCAUCAGGGAUUUCCAAAGCUUGGAGAUGGGAUGUUGAUCCCCCAAUUCGUCUUUCUUUUCUUACUUCGUCGACGAAAUCCGAGCGCAGAGGCCCUGAGGUCUUUGUUGAUCUACGCUUGGGAACUGAUGGAGAAGUCGGAAAGCUUGCUGGAACCGUUACCUCCACUGGAGAAGCUCGCGGAUGAAGCACUCCAAGGAAAGAACCUCACAAAUACUCGCGUUGUCAAAAGCGCAGAAGACGAUCCGCUCGGGAUGAACGGAAGCGUCUUCAUGAUUAUGGUUAUAAGGCUACUACGUUCUGCUCGCACGGUGUGGCCAGCAGCUUGCGACAGCAUCGUAGCCUUAGUCAAUCGAUAUUUGGACGGCGUCAAUUUCCGUCCAGGGGCCUCGCAAAUGACCACUUUGACUUUAGAAGACACAACGCAACUUACGUACAUGUACAACACGCUCUUGAAAUUGGUGUCGCUUCCAGCGUCAACAGGGCCCUUCCAGUCCGUAUUUUACCAGCAGCGAGCGCAAUUCAGUCUUUUGAGAAGGAUGAAUCAGUUUCAACCACCCUUGAUUGUCGACAGAAGAGGAUAUCGCGCUGUUGUCAGUAUGCAACUAAGGCAUAAGAAGACCUUGAAGGAGCGUGAAUGGGCACAGAUGAAAGCAAAAUCAUGGCCUCCCUGGAAAGAAGAGAAGCUCGGUAUAGACGCUAAUAUCAGUGUCGAGCAUGGAACCAGUCGGGCCAUGGAAGCUAUGAGGCGGUCUUGGGAAGCAGGAUAUGGUCCGGAUAAUUGGGAUAUAGGUGCCUCAAUCCUUGCAGGCUGGGACACCGAUGGUAGUCCUACUAUACAGACCCGUGCAGUCUAUCUUCCUCAUGAUCCUCAUGAGCGUCGUACCGAAGACGCACAGAUCUGGGUUGCUCGAAUACGAUCGACAAGGACUCUCAAUGAAGCUUGGUCUUGCUUCUUGUCGUACAAAGAUCAGGAAUUCAGACCUGGAGGAGCUUUCUAUGUGUACCAUCAAAUGUUCGAAAAAAUUGUGCAGGAUGCCAAAAGACCGCCCGCUGAAAACAUCAACCCCAGUUCGACAGAUUUCCCUGAUGAGCAACCUCCUCUGCCCGGUGAUGGUCUAGAGGUCUUGCCUGCUCCCGAAUCCCCUCGAGAAGCAGUGUAUGUUCGUAGACCACCACCAACGAUCGACGAAUUCGUCGAAUUGAUGGCCGAGGAUAAGAUUAGGCCCGGUAAAAAGUUUUUGAGCACCAUGCUUACGAAUGCGCCGACUCUCGAAGCCGGUCUACAGUACCUUGAAGCAAGCGCAAUGCCAAAUGAGCACGUACUCGCUUUGGGUGGGGAGAAACCACCGAGCACCCCCAAGGCUCAAGCUGCGCUCGUAGCAAUCCCGCCUUACCUUUUUUCUGCCUUCAUUCGCCUACUGACUCGAUUCCCGCCAAGAAUGCCUUAUAAAGAUCGGCCCAGCGAAUUUGCUCUUGCUCAAACCGGUUCAGUCUUGGAUUCGAUGAUGGAGAAGACAGAAUCGGCUCAGCUUGCUUUACUCCAAAAUUCUUCAGGUUCAAAAAAAACUGUAGAGCUUGCACCCCCAGUAAGAUCGAUUGUUAAAAAUCCGCUUCUCAAAGCCAUUCAGCUUGUGCUUGCUCGGAAACCCCGAUACCGACCUGCAUGGUAUAACCUUUUUCGAGCGCUCUCUAGUCCUAGAGUCGUGAUAGAUGUGGUCUCGAAAUUUGUAGACCAAGAUUACCAGGACAUCAAGACUUGGCAGAUGACCUGUACUCUCUUGAAUGAAAUGCUUGAGAUUGACCAGACCCUCGAUCUUGAAGGCUUUCAGUUACUCUGCGCCGGACUAGAAAAGGCAAUCUUCGCCAGUGAAAGGCUCUCCAGGAACCCACGCAUUCGACGAGGAGACAACGAUCCCAGGGGCGACAUGAGAUCCUACGUUGAUCGCGUACUUUUGACCGGUCUUCCGCUUCUCAAAGAGAUUUUCAAGGACGUCGUCAGAUCGAAAACGAUGCAGGAAGCGAUACCUGUUUCUCUAACGGAAGAGAAGUCAAACAUCGACGCAUCCAUUGAGGAGCACGGUGUAUUGGAGUCCGGUGAUACUGAAGAAGAGUUUGAAAAUGAUUCGAUGACAGAAUCCAGGGCCUUUUUACCUCCAGGCUGUUUGCUUCCGAGACUACUGGAGGUGCCACACCCCGCUUGUCUUCAUGGGUUCAUACGAAUACUCGGACUUCGCCGAGAUUACCACGGUAUUUUGGACUUGGUAGAAUGGAUGUCCCUCUUCGCUGAUGACAUCAACGCCGUCGCCGACGAAAAAGCGAAUUGGUCCAGGAUGAUGCGGCGGUGUUUGACCGCAAUUCACGUGUUCAUGGAACGCAGUUGGAUAAUUCUGGAAAAGAGAGAAGCUGAGGCUCAAGGAGAAGACCCAAACACUGUACGUGAUGAGCUAGAGAUGAAGGCAGAACCUGCACCAGCGGGAGUUGUGAGGGCUAUUCAAGAGAUUGUGAGGCAAAAUAAGAGAUGGGGCGGUUGGCCUAUGCCUCAUAACUACGCAGAAGAAUCCAUUCCAGACAAAGCUUCCAACUUUCCGCUGAUAGAAAUGCGUCCACCCCGACAUCCCACCCUCAUCUUUCACAAUCACCAUGACAUCUUCAUCACCCAACCCCGUCUCAUCCUUGCUCCUCACCGCCAUGUCCGCCUCUCCUCCACCGCCCCCGCCCCGUCCCUCCUUAAAACCCACAACAUCCCCGCCCCCCACCUCGGCCACAUCCGCAUCCUCAGUCUCAACAACCCCCGCAGCCGCAACGCCAUCUCCCGCCAACUCCUCUCGGAGCUCUCUCACGAAAUAUCGGCCGUGAAAACGCAGACCGAGGAUGAGCUGGCGAGGAGGAAAGCCCAGCAACAAGAGAGCGCAGCGCUGGGAGCGGGAACGCGGGUGCUGAUCCUCGCCAGCGACCUCGACGAAUGCUUCUGCGCGGGCGCGGACCUGAAAGAGCGGCAGAGCAUGAGUGCUGCUGACACGACCCACUUCCUCCACACCCUCCGCAGCACCCUAACGCAGCUCUCCGCGCUCCCCAUCCCGACCAUCAGCGCCGUCGCCUCCGUCGCCCUCGGCGGCGGUCUCGAACUCGCGCUCGCGACCACCUUCCGCAUCUUCGCCUCCUCGGCCCUCGUCGGCCUGCCGGAGACGCGGCUCGCGAUCAUACCGGGGGCCGGGGGCACGUAUCGGUUGCGGGGGUUGGUGGGGGAGGCCAGGGCGCUGGAGAUGGUGCUGACGGGGAGGAGGGUGGGCGGGGUCGAGGCGGGGCGGAUGGGGAUUUGCGAACGCGUGGUCGAUGUGGGUGGUGGUGGGGACGGGGACGGGGGUGGUGGGGAGUCUGCGUCUUGGACGGGGGGGAGGGAGUGGAGGCGGGAUGUGAGGGAGAAGGUGUUUGAGAGUGCGGUGGGGAUGGCGAGGGAGAUGUGUGAGGGGGGACCGGGGGCUGUGGGGGCGGCGAUGAGGGUGGUGAGGGAGGGGACGGCGGAGGGGGAGGAUAGGGAGUAUGAGGGUGUUGUGGGGAUGGGGGAUCGGGAUGAGGCGCUCAGGGCGUUUGGGGAGAAGAGGAAGGCGGUGUUUAGGGGGAGGUGA